GCUACAUUGUUUCAUUCUUAAGGAAGGGGGUUAACUGAAAAUGUGAUUUACAUCUCAAUUUGGUCUUUUGAUAUGAUCCCUUUAAAGUUAAGUCAUAAUAUGUGUAUUCGCAAAGUGCAUCUCAGUUGUACAACAACACAAACAUGAACAUGAUUUUGUCAGGUCUUCUGGUGCUCAUGCUAUGUAUAGCACAUAGCAAUGCUGGAUAUUUCUGGGUUGACAUGGCAGACACUUGUAUUAAAGGUCAAAACAUGAACAUUUUAUCCCCAAUCCCUAAUGUUCUGGUCUGCAAGCUGAUUUGUGAAACAGAACCAUCAUGUAGGUCGAUUGAUUACCACUCUGGUAAUAAAGUAUGCCACCUUUCUGUCAAACAUUCUGGGAACUGGCAACUAAGCGCUCCAUGUUAUCUUGAUGGCUGGCAGUAUGCCGAGAGAAGAGUUCGAUCAUAUUGGACCUGGUAUGACCUGCCGAACACAUGCAUAAAAGGUCAAAACAUAGCUGCAUUUACGACUACUUCAUUGUGUGCAUGCAAAGAGGCAUGUUCAAAUUAUGGAAAUGGUUGGAUGUGUCGAUCAAUUGACUACAAAGCAUCAACCAAGACUUGCCAUCUGCAAGAAAAAUAUUCCGUCAAUACUGUGUUAAGCAGUCCUUGUUAUUUAAGUGGAUGGCUCUAUGCAGAGAGAAUGUACGUCUGAAUCUGAAUACGAUUACGACAUUGAGUGGCACGUUUUAUACCAAGAAACAAAUGAUACACAAAUACAGCUGAAAUAACAUUGUUAAUCUGAAAUUCAUGUAAUAACAUG